AUGCAUAAAAUCAAAGUAAAGAAUCCCAUUGUGGAGAUGGACGGUGAUGAGCAAACGAGAAUCAUUUGGCAUCUCAUCAAAAGUAAAUUGAUAGUCCCAUUUCUUGAUGUUGAUUUAAAAUAUUACGAUUUAUCUAUCCAAAACCGUGACUUGACCGAUGAUCAGGUCACCUUAGAUUCGGCUGAGGCGACGUUAAAGUAUGGUGUUGCUGUUAAAUGUGCAACCAUCACUCCAGAUGAAGACCGUGUAAAGGAAUUCGGUUUAAAGGAAAUGUGGAAGUCUCCAAAUGGUACAAUAAGAAAUGUCCUUGGAGGCACUGUAUUUAGAGAACCAAUAAUUAUUCCUAAGAUACCACGUGUGAUACCUCACUGGGAAAAAACUAUAGUUAUUGGAAGACACGCAUAUGGCGAUCAAUACCGUGCCACUGACGUUAUUAUUCCUAGUGACGGUAUCUUGAAAUUAACGUUUGAAUCUGAGAAAAAUGGUUUCGAGAUUCCAGUCUUCGAGUACCCCAAAGGUGGAGGUAUUGCCAUGGUUAUGUAUAAUACAAGAGAAUCAAUUGAAAGUUUUGCUAGAGCAUCUUUUACCAUGGCUAUUGAGCGUAAGUUGCCAUUAUAUUCUACGACAAAAAAUACGAUCUUGAAACAAUAUGAUGGUCAAUUCAAAGAUAUAUUUAAGACUGUCUAUGAAAAUGAGUAUAAAGAGACGUUUGAAGAAUUAGGAAUUUGGUAUGAACAUAGGUUAAUUGAUGAUAUGGUUGCACAGAUGCUGAAAUCAAAGGGUGGUUUCAUUAUUGCCAUGAAAAAUUAUGAUGGAGACGUGCAAUCAGAUAUAGUGGCACAGGGUUUUGGUUCUUUGGGCUUAAUGACGUCGACAUUGAUUGCAGCUGAUGGCAAAACUUUUGAGAGUGAAGCUGCUCAUGGAACUGUGACGAGACAUUAUCGCCAACAUCAACAAGGUAAAGAAACUUCAACAAAUUCAAUAGCCUCCAUAUUUGCAUGGACCCGUGGUAUAAUUCAUAGAGGUAAAGUAGAUGACACCCCUGAAGUACGCAGAUUUGGCGAACUUCUGGAGGAAUUAGUUGUUGAAACGGUCCAAGAUGAUAAUAUAAUGACAAAAGAUUUGGCACUUAUAAUGAAUAAAACAGAAAGAUCAGAUUACGUAACAACAGAGGAAUUCAUAGAAGCUGUAGAAAAGAGACUAAUUGAGGAAAUGAAGUCUUUUUAA